AUGGAGGCUUUCUGUCAUAUUUCUAUGUUUACAGCAGAUGACUAUACCAUUGCCGUUUGGGACUUUCGUAACACGAAAGCAAAGUUAACUACCCUCAAGGGUCACAGGAACUGGGUAAAGAGUAUUGAAUAUUGUGCUGCAAGUAAGGUGCUGAUAACUUCAGGCUUCGAUGAUACUAUAAGAGCCUGGGACAUGAAUUCGCUUCGAUCCCAAGCGAAUAAUGAAGUAACCGAUUGUGAGGCUAUCGCCACCGUAGAUGGAAAUCUACUUAUUGUAAGAAAUUUGAACAUUAAUAGCUUAAAGUCAGAGAGAUGUCACCGAAACGGAUUAUAUUCUAUGGAUUUUCACCCGCAAUCAAUGAACCUAAUAACACGUUUUACCUUAGCAGAUGAUAACUAUUUGUCUGUUCUUGAGCUACUAAGUGUACAUGGAUUGAAUUUUUCCUCAUUUGAUCGUGCUCAUCAUGAAAGUCAAUUAACACAUUAUAAAGUAGAAGCAAAUUUUCGGCCAAGUGUAGAUUACAUUAAAGAAAUUAGUUUUGGAGCUGAUGGACAAGUAAUCUGCUCGCCUUAUGGAUUCGGGGUGCGACUUCUAAGUUAUGAUCAUAAUUGUUGCCCUUAUGAAUUUUCGGAGCCUUUAAAACGUAAAUCUCACUAUCCUACUGAACUUAAUACCCUUCAGCUGUUACACGGACAUAUGGAGGCAUGCUUGACUUCUAGAUGGUCGCCAGCUCAUAUGCUAAUCGCAAGUGGAGGUCUGGAUGGUAAUGUCAUAUUUCAUGAGCCAAAAAUUACUUAG